AUGGCAGAGGCAACGUCCGAGCUGGCCCCCAGCUUCGCCCCGUUCAUCGGAAUGGCAGGCGUGGCCGCUGCAAUGAUCUUUGGAUGCAUCGGGGCCGCGUACGGCACCGCGAAGUCCGGCAUCGGCAUCGCAGGCGUGGGAACCUUUCGAUCUGACCUGAUUAUGAAAUCUCUAAUCCCCGUCGUCAUGUCGGGAAUCAUCGCCGUCUACGCCUUGGUCGUCGCCGUCCUGAUCUCAAGCAACAUGAAGCCUCCGCCGAAGCUCGAAUAUGGGUUGUUCAAUGCCUUUAUGCAUCUGGGAUGCGGGCUGAGCGUGGGACUUACGGGAAUAGCAGCAGGGUAUACCAUUGGGCAGGUGGGAGAUACGGGUGUGAGGGCAUACAUGCAACAAUCACGGAUAUUCGUUGGGAUGGUGCUGAUACUGAUCUUUGGAGAAGUGUUGGGGUUGUAUGGGCUGAUUGUGGCACUGAUUCUAAACACCGCCGCCUCGGGUUAG